AGUGGCUGACAAGAACUUGGAAGUGGCAGUCAGGCGAUUCCCGAUGUGCUUGCGCCACCACGUUGGAGGACUGCGCUUGUGACGUCGACGGCCGUGGGCGGGGCCACCCAAGUGAACGAGCGCUGGCUGCCAAAAAGGAGGGAGACGCGCGGAGGAGAGGAGCUAAGCUGGAGGCAGGCACGCGAGCGAGCGGGCUCAUCGGAGGGAGCGAUGCUUGUCGGAUUGAACCUUGGAUGAAUUGUUUCGCUGCUUUUGAUUGAUGGGAGGACAAAUACGAAGCAGAAAGCAGUUGAAAAAAACAACUUGAGGAGGACUUGUUUUUUUUUGUGUGACAACACUGCCUAAUUUCAACUCUUUUGCCUUGUUUCUUGGAGCAUUCCAUGCUUGGAAGAAGACCAACCUCCCUCAUUGAGCGUCCCCGGUCACCUGCGCUCCUCUGGCGGACUCAGCUGCAGCAGUUCUCGGCGUUAGCUGGGAUGUUUGAGUCGCGAUCUUUGGUGGGCUGAAGGCACCGAGCGAGAGAGAGAGCGAGAGAGAGAGUGAAAGUGGCCAGAGACACGGAGGGGAGGGGAACCGAGAGCAUGGCUCUGGUACCGCUGUCUCUCUGGGUGCUAACCACUCUCACCUGGGCCAGCCCGCUCCAGGGGUCCAUCAGCAGGCAUUCCAUUUACUGGAACAGCUCCAACAUCCAUCUGCGGCGCGAGGGCUACACCAUGCAGGUGAACGUCAACGACUACCUGGACAUCUACUGCCCUCACUACAACGACAGCCAGCGCAUGGUGGGCACCAGCGAGCAGUACAUCCUCUACAUGGUUAGCUACCGCGGCUAUCGCAACUGCGACCCCCAAAUGGGCUUCAAAAGGUGGGAGUGCAACCGGCCGCACGCCCCCCACGCCCCCAUCAAGUUCUCGGAGAAGUUCCAGCGCUACAGCGCCUUCUCGCUGGGCUACGAGUUCCACGUCGGGCAGGAGUACUACUACAUCUCCACGCCCACUCACCACCACGGCCGAAGCUGCCUGAGACUACGUGUGUACGUCUGCUGCUCCACAGCCUCCGACGUCGACGGCGAGCCGGAACCGACGGAGGCGGACUACACGCUUAGACCGGGCCUAAAAAUGGACGACGUCGAUGAAUUUAACCCUUCUGUCCCCAAGCUGGAGAAGAGCGUGAGCGGUAGCAGCCCGUCCCGGGACCGCCUCCUGCUCACCGUCACCAUGCUGCUGCUGGCCGCGCUCUUCGUCUCCUAGCAACGGCCGUCGCAUCAGCGUCACCAUGCCAACGAGCCUUCGGAGGGUGGACGGUGCAGCGGCGGACGGGCGGGCGGGACAGUGAAGAUGCAGUUUGUGUAUGUGUAACGUCCAUGUGUGUGCGUGUGUGUGUGUUAAAUCAUACGCGCCACAUAAAGCAUUUAUAAAAGUGGCAACAUCAGACUGAAAUUAUUAAAUAAUUGUAAAAAGGAAAAAAAACGUCAUUAAAUCCACCCACGCUUUUGAUUGGCUGGUUCACUUCCUGUUGCUUCGUUGUCAUGGUUUCACGCAACGGUACAAAUUGAACUCAAGUGGAUCUAAUGGAUGUUUCCUGGAACCUGAUGGGAACAUUGUGGAGCGAUGGAGGACUGUUUUUUUCUUUCUUGCCCAGCAGAAGAUGAACACAACUUGGGACUCCUGCUUUUUUUUUUUUCUUCAUCAUUUCCACUCACAGUUAAGGCGAGAGGGGGAAUCACUCGUAAAAGCAUUUAAAUGUCCGAGGUUAACAAAGCACACGCGUGCACAGUCACGGCUGAGCAUCCCUGCAUGUGAACACUCAGCAAUAUUGAAGAGAGAUGAAGGAGUGUGUUGCUCUGUGAUCUGUGAACGGAUCCAACCCGCCACACUUAUCAUUCAAGAUUCAAAAAUAGAUUCGAAAAAAAAGCAAUGUGAAGAUGGAGAGGUUGUGACCAGCCAAAAAGUCAACCACUACUACUCCAAUAACGACUGCUUACCAAGGAGAGCGUUCCCAUGGCAACUAGCACCUUAUUUCACCAUGGUUACCAAUUCCCCCUGCCAGUCAAUCAUAAUGGACAAUAUUUGGGACGCCCUGACGGACUCUGAUGAACCACACUCACAUUCAAGCGGCGUGUGAGGCGUUCAGGCGUGCGUGUAAAUGUCAAGACCGAACCGCGAAUGAACAUUUAAACGUUUUGAAAUGUAAUGAAAGUGGGGGAUUUUUUUUUUUUUCUACAAACUUGAAACUCAGUGUCCUUCAGUGUAGCUUUCAUUUGAUUGUUUUUUAUUAUUAUAUUAUUAUUAUUACAUUUCUGUGACGUGUCUUUGUUAAUGGUGAUGGAAUACAAUUGAGCCAUAUGUUAACUUGGGCUGCAUUGCAGACUGCUUGUCAAACCUUGACGUGUUUCAUUGAAGCAUUACAUGACUGAUACGGACAAGGUUGUAGAGCCUAUAUGUGUGAAAAGCUUAUUUUUAUUUUUAUUAUAUUGUACAGUAGUUGCUUUUAAAAUAAUGUGGCCUUUGCAAUCAUCUCUGAAACUAUAUGUGUGUGUAUAUAUAUAUAUAUAUAUAUAUAUAUAUAUAUAUAUAUAUGUAUAUAUAUGAUUAUAUUAGUAUACAAUGCAACACAUAUGGACUCUAUUGUCUCAGUGUGAUGCAGCCCAGGUGUAUAUUUGGCUAUGAGGGUGGGUCGAUCAUUCUUGCACUUAAGAAUUAGAACACAAAAGAAAGUACGUGUGCGUGUGAGCGUGUGAAAGUGUACGCGACGUUGUCUGGCGACACAACAGAAGCAUUUAGUAGUGUUGGAAACAACAGUUACAAUCAUGUUUACCUUCGGACCGGAAUGACUUUAAAUGUAAAGCGAAGAAACAAACAAAGCAUAACAACAGAGGUUCUAACCAUGAGCGUGAUAACGAAAUAAUACAAAUCCUACUUUUAACAA